AUGGCUUCGAGCGCUGAUGCUCUUCGUGGUCGUUGCUCCACUGCAUCCUGUCGCUGGAUGCCAGUUCUAUCCAGUUGGGGAGUACCUGAAGUUCGUCAGGGUACCAGAAGACCUGACGAAAGGCACGGAGAUCUUGUCAUUAGAAGCUCAUCCGAGGAAUCAUAUCUCGAUAAUGCCAGUGGAUAAGGACGAGGAUGCACGUUUCUUCUCUUACAAAGAGACCAACAAGACACAUGUCUCUCUAGUGCUGGCCCAGUCAUUGGAGGAUCUGGUGGACACGGAGGCGCCUAGAAAUCUGCUCAAGUUCCGUGUGGUCUGCGAUUAUUCCGAUGGCGGCGAUUCUCUGGUGACGUCGCACCUGUCAGUGACGGUCUACGUGGAGGACAUAAACGAUCAUGCUCCGCAAUUUGUCGAUGCGCCUUAUCACGUAACCGUGGACGAGCUUACCCCAGUCGGUGUUACGAUAUUCCGUGGGAUCCACGCGGUGGACGGAGACAAGCCGAAUACGCCGAACAGCGACGUGCGGUACGCGAUAGUGAAAGGCAACGAAGAGGGCAAAUUUUCACUAGAAUCUGGCCACAAAACCUCUCUUAUACUACGCAAACCGGUGGACUUCAGCAACGGCGACCGCGAGUUCACGCUGGUCAUCGCGGCCACGGACCGUGGUGUGCCCACCAGGAGUACCAACACGACAGUGAAGAUAACGGUAGAGGCCAACGAUGAUCUCGAUCCGAAGUUCACACUGGAUGUGUACAGAGCGAAGAUUUACGAGUUUUACCCUAUGCCGGCAUAUCCGAUCUUCAUGAAAAUCAAUUUCUCCACACCGAUCCAAGUCGUGGACCGCGACCGAGGCAUCAACGCAUCCGUUCGCUAUGGCAUAAUAUCCGGCAACGAGCUAGGCUUCUUCCACCUGGACCCCAAGAACGGUACCCUGUAUCUGACACGUCCCAUCGACCUGGACGCCGAGCGAAAUUUGCCAGGGAACACCUUCACUCUUCGAAUCCACGCGUCCCAAGUGGAGAACCCGUUAAAAUCGGCAGUGGCCCGUGUGGAGGUCGAGAUCCUGGACCUGAACGACAACCUGCCCGAGUUCGAGGUGGACCUGUACAACAUCAGCAUCGUGGAAAAUCUACCGAACGGAUUCAGCGUGCUGCAGGUGAUAGCACACGACAAGGACCAAGGCGAGAACGGGCAAUUCGAUUACGAUCUGCGAGAUCCGUCCGGUGCCUUCUCCGUGGACGCGAAGUCAGGAUGGCUAACGGUGAAGGAUCAGUCAGUCUUGGACCGCGAGAAGCGGGAUCACCUGCGGAUGAAGGUGUUCGCUUUGGAGAGAAGACCCAGCGUGGUCGUACGUGACAACCCGCGAAAAGCAAAUGGCUCUUCCGUGGAAGUCGAGGUGACUCUGCUCGACGCGAACGAUAACAAUCCGAUCUUCGUGCCGGAAUACCUCUACGAACUGGUCGCCAGAAGCGACUACAAGGUGGGCACGGUGCUCGGCCAGGUGCACGCGGUCGACGACGACCUGGGGCCCAACGGUUUGGUCAGGUACAGGCUGCAGAAAUCCUUGAAUUCGACGACCCGUACGCCGCCGUUUAUGGUGGACGAGAUCACUGGCAUGAUUACGGUAGCCGAGAGUCCGAUCCUCGAAGGCAAACACGCGAUCUUCGUGGAGGCUGCGGAUCAACCGGCAAAUCCUAGCGAGAGGAGGUACUCUUUGGCUGUAGUGACUGUGGACGUCUCGAGAUCUGAUGGGCCGGAGUCGCUAGAGCCGGACUUCGUGGGAGCUCCUUACGAAUUUUGGGUCGGUGCCAAUGUGGCAGUCGGUACCAGCGUUGGCCAGAUCCGCUUGAACGACGCCGUGAAGACCAAUGACCUGAUCUACGAUCUGCUGCACAGCUACGAGAAGGGGGUCCCUUUCGCCGUGGAGGAACGCUCUGGAACGAUCACAGUGGUAGAGGAGAUCGAGAAGUACGACAGAUCGACCUAUGACUUCGAAGCCAUCGUCACUGACGAGAGGGAGCUGAUGUUGAUCACCAAUGUGUCCAUCCACGUGGUGCACCCUGAUGACGAGAGGGGUAUCUUCACGAAGGGAACGACCACAGCGCCUCUGGUCUUCCACGUGAAGGAGAACGUAGCCGGCGCUUACAUCGGCCAAGUGCUUCCGCAAAAUGGCACCGGCACGUCCGCCGCGGGCACCCGCUUCUUUAUCGUCAAUCAGCAGGAUGUACCCGACAUCUCGAUCACCGAAGAUGGCGCCCUCUACGCGCCGCACGGUCUCGAUCGCGAGGCCAGACAGAACUACAGCAUCAUCGUGAGCGCGGAGAGUCCACGCAGCGUUGGUGUGUUCCAGGUGAGCGUGAUAGUUCUUGACGAAAAUGACCAAGCACCAGAAUUCACUAUGCCAUUGUACGAGGGUCAAAUCCAGGAGAACAGUCCAGCCGGAACGAAAGUGAACUUAUCGAUUCCCAUCGCCGCCAGUGACAAAGACGAGGGCAUCCAUCAGAACUUCGUCUUCAGUAUUCACGGGGAGGGAAGCGAGCUAUUUAGAAUCCAUCCAACGACAGGUUUACUGUACUUUGAUGGAAUCGAUGACCGCACACUGGACAGGGAAGCGAAGGCAAACUAUAGUUUCACGAUCGUUGCUAAAGACAGCGGUGGUCUAACUGCGGAAGCAGGCCUGAGAAUAAUAGUAACCGACGUGAACGACAACGCUCCCAGUUUCAUCCGAAUGAUAGUGCUACCGGAUCAGGGCGUUCGCGUGUCGAACGAGCCCGAUACGGAGGCAUCGUUCGAAGGGAACGAGGUGCUUGAUAUGGGCGAAGCAGCUGCCGGAAGUCAGCCACCCAGCAGCCGUCGUUCGCCUCUUCUUCUCGUGCCGGAAAACGUGACGAUCGGCGCGCCGAUAAUACGUCUGCUCGCCGAGGACAAGGACGAGGGAGCGAACGCUGCGAUAACGUACAGUCUAGCGAACGAGACUGCUUCCGGCGACGACACUAAGGCCCGACGAUUCGACACCACCAGUCGAAGAUUCUUCCACCUGGACCCAAGGUCAGCAGAGAUAUCUGUGGCCAGAGGGCUGCCAGCCGAGAGAAAUAUUCGCUUGCUCGUCCUAGCCAAGGAUUCCGGAGGCCUGUCAGACAAUAUCACCAUCAGAAUCCACGUGGUAGACGUGAACGAUCACCCACCGAUCUUCGACAAGUCCUGGUACACGUUCGACGUUCCAGAAGGUACUUACGCUGGCUACACGUUGGGUACAGUUCGAGCUGUCGACCCUGACUUCGGUGUGAACGCAAACGUGAGCUACGAGUCUGUCUCUGGGAACGAGAACCUCGAGGAUCCUGGAAAUGCAUCGAGGACCUUCGAGGUUGCUCCUUACGAAGGGAUAAUCAGGGUCAGUGGAGUUCUAGAUAGGGAGAGCAUAGGUACUCAUCAUCUGGUAGUGAUGGCUCGUGACAAUGGUAACCCGCGUCUGAACUCUACCGUGGAGGUAGAAGUGAACGUGUUGGACGUCAACGACAAUGCACCUGUGUUUUAUGACUACGACGAAGUCGAGAAGGACAAGAACGGAGACCUCGUGCCGGUGUACCAUGCCUCGAUCUUCGAGAACAGCCCAGUAGGUACCGAAGUGAUCAAGGUGCAGGCGAAUGAUACUGACUUCGUUGGGAACGGGAAUGGACUGAUCCUCUUCGACAUGAGUCAUCAGGGAGAGCUCCAGAAGCAGUACUUCGAUAUUGACAGUCUAAAGGGUGUCAUCAAGACGACUGGUAAUCUGGAUUACGAGACCAGGAGGAGUCAUCGGUUACUGGUCACAGCUAGCGACUUGGGUUCUCCAGUUCGUCUGACAUCUACAGCAGUGGUGAUCGUCACGGUGCUGAACGUGGACGAUGAUGACGAGGUGAAGAACGAGGUGCAGAAGACUCCCGCGUUCAGACACCCCUAUUACGAAGUGGAAGUCGAGGAGAACGUUCGAGUGCCAGUCUUGGUCGCUCAGUUGGACCUGGCUGAUGGUCAACAGAGCGAUUAUGUAAGGUACAGCAUCGUGGCUGAUGGCACGAAGGCUCCGGACCCCUUCAUGAUAGACCCGACGAAGGGCGAGUUGUAUCUGAUGACGGACGUGGACAGAGAGGUGAACGAUCGAUACGAGGCCAAGGUCAGAGUCGAAGGGGAAAGGAUUGGUCGCAGAAUGCCCGUGAUGAUUUACCCUGUUGUCGGUGAAAGGCUGAAUGGUCUGGCGCCUAAUGAGGCCAGGGUCGUUGUCAAGGUGAAGGAUGUCAACGACAAUGCGCCCAGAUUCAAGUCAAAGGGUCGGCCCAUCCUCGCUGCGAUACCCACUACUGCCCAUUACGGCUAUGAGGUCGUCAAAGUGGAGGCAGAAGACCCGGACGAGGGAGCAAACGCCGAGAUCCGGUAUCAGAUCCUCGGUCAGGAGGACGCUCCGCGAUUCGCCAUUGACCCACUGAGCGGUCAAGUACGAUCCGUGGCAUGUUUUGGCCGUGAUGCUGGACGCGUUUUCGGCUUCGACGUCAAGGCCACCGACAGAAAGGGCGCCGAGGACGGUCGCAGCAGUAUCGCCAACGUCUUUGUCUACGUGCUGGAUGAUCAGAGACAGGUCCUGAUGGUGGUCGGUAGGAGACCUAUGGACAUUGAGCCUCAACUGGAGAACAUCACUGCGGUACUACACAACGUAACUGGGUUUGAUGUUCGAGUGUGGAAGCUGGAACCACACAUUGAGAAAAAUCUCAUUGACACCAUGUCUACUGAUGUUUACCUUUAUGCCAUCGACCCUCACUUGAAUGUUAUGAUAGACAUGGAUACGCUGCACAGCGUGUUCAAUGCGAAGAAAACGGAGAUCAAGCGUGAGUUGGACGAGUACGAUGUCCUAGACAUUGCCGGAAGCUCUCCUCGUCGGGGUAAUCAACGUUACCUGCUAUCCACUCUGGAAGUAGGUGUGGUGGUGCUCGGCUGUGUCAUAUUCGUGGGUGCCCUUGUCACUGCCCUCUGUGUUACGUGUGUUCGUAGGAAUAAACGUCGCAGACGUCGGGAGAAAGCGAUGUUCUCGACCACCAGCCCGAUUGGAUUCGCUCUGGCAGAUCCAGCCGCGACGCUGCAGAAGCCGUCGCUGUUCCCGACCUUCGUCGACGGCCUUCACUACGACCCCGAGCCGUUCUGCACCGACAUGCCGAGGCGACAGAGCAUCUGCGAGCACGGAGCCAACUGUGCCCGCUUCCACGCGAUGGGCGGUUAUAGUAAGCACGCCGGGAGGACGACAGGGACCCCGAAAGGCCUCGAGGCAUCCGCGACGUCCUUGCAUUCCAGCGGUCAGGAUUCUGGGAUCGUGGCGCGCGCCUCCUGCCACUGCAAUCACUCGUCCAGCCCCUCCAGCGGCGAGAGCAGCAACGGCUAUGAGGACUCUCUGAAGUCCCUGCAGCGUCGCGAGAGGGCCAACGACGUCUCCCGUGGAAGCCACGACGUCUCGAAUGUGGUCGGCAGACGGCUGCACCAAGCCACCUCCAGGAGGAGGCAACGCUUCAACUCGUUCACCAACGGAGAAUCCGUUUACUCGCACGAGAUGACGUUGCAGAGGGAGCAGCGUUGCUGCGUCGGGACGGAGAAGAGGCGGAAGAACGACGGGAUGACACGCGAGCACCGUCGCGCGCAUUCCGAGGCGGAAAACAAUAUCACCGAGACGGUGAUAGACGAACAUCCCGGGACCGAGGUCUCGCUGUCCAGCUCUUUACAGAACACGUCCACCCUUCAUGGUGCAACGCGGUCCAUCCACAUGCUGUAUUAA